UUCAAAGGCAGAGCAAUUCAGCUGCCACGGUAAUUAUUGGUUUUGAUAUUAGAAAACCAGGGGUCCCUUCCAAACUGCUGUUGGUUUUGCCUUUAGUCUUGCACCACAUCUCUUUCCGCACAUCCCCAUCUCUCUCAUUAUAUAGGAAAGAUCUCUUCGACACUUCAACACCAUCAAAGCUAAAUAUCCCCUCUUUCCCUAUAAAAACAAAAAAAAAAACAAAACAAAAAAAAGGUUCUAACUUCCCAUUUCCAAUUUGUUCACUUAGUUUCCAAUUCAAAGUCAGGAAGAAAUAUGAGUUCAACAAGCAGAGCUUGGACAGUGGAGGCAAUGAAAGACCAAGGGAUUUGCAGGUGGGGCAAUGCACUAGGGUCACUGCAACAGCAUGCCAAGAACAGUGUGGGAUCAUAUUCUCAGGCCAAGAAGCUCUCUACUCCGUCUUCUUCUGCUAUAUCUAAGAAGUAUAAAUGUGAUAAUACGAAAGAGUCAGAGGAGUCACUGAGAAAAGUAAUGUAUUUGAGCUGCUGGGGUCCUAAUUGAGGCGCUCCUAGUAUUGUUUGUAAAUAUACUGCAAUAUUUUUUUUAUUUAAAUACACGGCCUACGACAUAUAUCUUCUA